AUGGCAUCUGACGGAACGACGGAAGCAUGGGUCGAAAUAAAAGUCCCAAGGGGGGAGGACGCAACAUAUACGGAAACACUCCGAGUUCUGGGUGUCGCGUGGGCUUCUGGGCUUGUUAGCAUGCUGCUGAUCGCUGCAAUAGGCCAAGCACUCAUUUAUGCAAUCUACCAACAUGAAGAGUUUGGGACUCUUCUGCUGUUUGUGGUGGUGCCCGGGAGUCUCGCCUACGCGUUCCUGAUAUGUUUCUCGGAGCUCAUGACUGGCAGGCUUCAUGGGCGAGCAAAGGUUUGGGGUGCGCAUACAUGUGCCUCCUUCGGGAGCUUCUGUGUGUUCCUUGCGAUUUACUACAUGACUUCCGAGAGAAGCUUUGUGGCGCGGCACGACUUUGUACAUUAUUUGAGGGCGUUCAUGGUCACGGGCAUCCCGUACUCCUUGGGCGUUCUGCUCUUCUACGCCUUCCAGAAGUGCUUGCCGUCUAGGUUUCAGCUCAGGCAGCGGAAGUUCGCUAGCGACCGUGUUUGGCUGUGUUUACUUCUCGUCCUUUUCCUCUUUCCGCUGUUCCUGGGCUUGCUGCCCGCUGUGUUUGCAGUCGGCCAGGGCCGCUCGCAGUGGUUGCUGGAAGAAACGGCUGUGGAUUUGAGCCUUAGGCUCUCACCAAACCUCACUGUCAGCGACUUUUUUGUUAAUGCCACUGGAGACUGGCACCUAGUGGAUGGCAAGGACGGCACGCUCUACACUGCUUUUCGCUUGAUACCAGUCCCGCGUGAACACCCAGAAUGCCAGAAGCACAUUGAGAAUUCCAUCGUCCAUCCUCUUGGCGGUGAUGUGCGUUUUUGCUUUGCUGCAAUCGUGACGCGUGGGCGGAGUGACCUCCAGUUUCCAGAGGGCGUAAGCGGCAAAAACUCAGACCUGGAGGGAACGUUCGUCAUAGUGGUGAGCACUGUCCGAGAGGAUUGGCUGAGAGGAUCCAAGAAUCUGAAUGCCAGGGCUCAGCAGUUUGCCCACACCCUUCGCUUUUUCCCCAUGUUGUACAACAACACUCUUUACAAUUGGACAGAAGACUUCUCACAGAGAAUGGUCGAGCCAGCUGACUUUGCUGAGAAAGCUGACAAACUCCAGUUUCACGCAACGCGUGGCAUCGGCGACAUAUUUGAUUUUCUUUACUUGGAGGAUUUCCCACUGCUCAUUGCAGACCUGCUUCACGGCUCACUUCACAGCUGCUAUUGUUUCGGAUUCUUUGGCUUGGACCAGCAUGGCCAGAUGGCAAUGAUUCGGUACAAUCGAUGGUCCUGGGAUGUGCUCUCCUCCUGGACCGGACGGAAAUACGUCGUCGAACCUGACCAGCUACGCAUUGAUAAGGAAUUGCUACGUGCAAAUGCGCUAGCAGUGCUACCAAUACGGGCCACAUGA